UUCUUCUUCCUUCCUUGUUAUUCCAUUGUGCUUCGUUUCCAAUAUUUGGCGGGGUGCGUCCCAAUUCUGGGUCUUCAUAAUUCGUAAUUGAAUUGAGGGUUUUGGAUUUGAUCUGAAUCCGAUCGGAAAGUAAUAGCCUUUGGGGAGAAUGGAAUUGCCGUCGGACCAGGAAGCGGACGACGCCGAAGCUGAGUUCGUUGAGGUUGAUCCCACUGGUCGUUACGGACGGUAUAAAGAGGUUUUAGGAAAAGGAGCUUUCAAGAAAGUAUAUAGAGCAUUUGAUGAACUGGAAGGAAUUGAAGUGGCUUGGAAUCAAGUUAAGGUGGCAGAUCUAUUGCGCAACUCUGAAGAUUUGGAGCGGCUUUAUUCCGAAGUUCAUUUGCUCAAGACUUUGAAGCACAAGAAUAUUAUUAAGUUUUACAACUCUUGGGUUGAUACCAAGCAUGAAAACAUCAACUUUAUUACUGAGAUUUUCACCUCGGGAACCUUACGGCAAUAUCGGAGGAAACAUAAGCAUGUUGAUUUGAGGGCACUAAAAAAGUGGUCUAAGCAGAUCUUAGAAGGCCUUCUGUAUCUUCAUAGCCAUGACCCUCCGGUUAUUCACCGGGACUUGAAGUGUGACAACAUUUUUGUCAAUGGGAACCAAGGUGAGGUGAAAAUUGGUGACUUAGGACUGGCUGCUAUUCUUCGCCAGGCUCGUUCAGCUCACAGUGUUAUCGGUACUCCUGAGUUUAUGGCGCCAGAGCUUUAUGAAGAGGAAUAUAAUGAGCUUGUUGACAUCUAUGCCUUUGGCAUGUGCUUAUUAGAGUUGGUGACCUUUGAGUAUCCUUAUGUUGAGUGUACUAAUGCUGCUCAGAUAUUCAAGAAAGUGACAUCAGGUAUAAAACCAGCAUCAUUGUCAAAAGUGACAGAUCCCGGGGUAAAAGCAUUUAUAGAAAAAUGCAUCGUCAAAGUGUCAGAUCGUUUGCCUGCUGAGGCACUUUUAAUGGAUCCUUUUCUUCAGUCAGAUGGGGUUCGUGACAGUGUUCCUCAUAUUCUACAACCCAAAGCUCAUUAUUCAGAAGGCACAUCUGAUCAGAAUGAUGGUGUAGAUCUUCUUUCUGAGAUGAGUAGAGACUUCACAGUACAAGGCCAGAGGAAAGAUGACACAAUUUUUCUGAAACUACGAAUAGCAGAUUCUACAGGUCAUUUUCGAAAUAUCCACUUUCCAUUUGAUAUUGGUGAAGACACUGCAAUUGCCGUUGCUAGCGAAAUGGUUCAAGAGUUGGAUCUGACAGAUCAAGAUGUCUCAACAAUUGCUGAACUUAUUGACUCCGAGAUUCAAUCCCACAUUCCAGAUUGGAUUUCUGGAGAUAAUCUGGAUGUUGAUGUGUCAACUUCCACUAGUCCAGUUUCUGACUCCAAGGAAGAUGCUUCUCCAGUGAUUAAUGGAUUCGGUAAUCUAGCCCUAGAAAGAUUGCCUUCAGGUCGUAAGUACUGGUGUGACUCUCCCAAGGCAGGUAAUGGAAGCUCUCCACUGAAGCAUGGUUUUUCUAACUCACAUUUUCCUGAGGAAUCAGUCAAUGCAAGAGGUAGUGAAGACAAUGAUAAAUCUCCUGGUAGCCAAGAAAUAUCUCUUCGAAACGAAGAUGAUCCAAAUGGUGCAGAAAACUUUAAUUCAAAGAAAGAUGAUAGUCUUGAUGCUGCGAUUGAUCUGCAUAAUAGAAAUGGUGCUCAUUUAUUUGAACCAGAAGAAGUCAAGAUCGUUGUUGAGAAACUUGAGAAUCUAUUGGUGCAACAGAAAAAGGAGCUGGAUGAACUCAAAAAGAAGCAUGAUUUGGAGAUAUCGGAUGUCGUGCAUGAAUUACCUCCAGCUUUCUAUCAAAAGAUUUUAGAUAACGUUAAGUUAAAGAUUUCACUCUAAACAAUGCACCAUUGGGCAGACUGCUAAACCAAGAACUUGGGAGAUUCUGGUGAACUUUAUCGGGGGCAUGUCUGUAGUUUCUAGUUCUUGGGUGAUGCCAUGAUGGAUUGGUGGAUAUGUAGAUUUUUUUUCUAGUUUGUCAGUAACAGAUUGUAGAAAGCUCAGAAUUAAUUUAUACAUGAGUAAGUUGGGAAGCAGGAGCUUGUUAUAUGAAGGAUCAACUUUGAGAGCGAGCCCCAUAAAUCGUCAAGGAUCCAGCAGUUCGAUUCCCACAAAUUAUGCGAUUCUGCCAAGGAAGGUAUUGGGAUGAGACACAGCUAUGUAAUAAUAGUCCAUGCUUCAUAUCGACAUGCUAUGGUAACCGACUUAUAGUGUGAUACGGGUGAUCAAAACUGGUUGGAGUGUAUACGUUGUACACAUAAUUUUUUGUUCCUUCUUUCCAGUCCCACCUCGAAUCAGACUUGCUUCUGGCACUGUCGAGAAAUGUGAUUAUCAAUAUUUAACCUUUGCAGUUAAUUUAUUU